GUGCCUUCUUAAUACUACUCUAUAUUCAUUACUUGAAUCACAACAUACCUCUAGUGGAUCAGUGUUACUUAUCAAUUGAAACUAAACAAUCUGCUAAAUUCACAUUACCCAAUUAGAUCAUAAGGCAAUAUCAUAUAAGUUGAAAACAAUGGGUGGUGGACAUAGACAUGACGGAGACAAAGGACUGUUUUCUCAUCUUAUUGGUGCUGGACAUUAUCCUCCGCAGGUAGCAUAUCCACCUCUUGCGUAUCCUUACCCUUUUCCUGUAGGGUACCCGCCUGCUGCUUAUCCUCAUCAUGGUGGGUAUCCGCCACAUGUUUGUCCUCCGGCUGGAGGUUAUCCUCCCGUAGCCUAUCCUGCAUCUUCAGCUCCUUAUUAUUCAGGGCAUGGAAGGCAUGGUCAUGGAGUGGGAACAUUCCUUGCUGGAGGUGCAGCUGCAGUGGCCGCUUCAUAUGGAGCUCAUCAUAUGCCUCACCAUGGCUAUGGUUCACAUGGUUAUGGUUACUAUGGGUAUCACCAUGGUAAAUAUAAGCACGGGAAGUUCAAGCAUGCGAAGUUUGGCAAGCGCUGGAAGCAUGGGGGGAUGUAUGGGAAGCACAAAUGGUGAAAUGAUUUCUGAAGUGCUGUGUGAUGUUUGAACGAUUCUCAUCUAAGCAUAACCAUGCAUGGAGAAUUAUUGUGAAGUAGAAAUGAAUCAAGACAUGUAUGAUUUCGUG